ACAUCUUUUUUAUUUCUAGUUUCAGAUUUAUAAAAUAUAUACAUAACCUGUCGCACAGUCAAGAUUAACUGAAAAUCAGAAAUCACUUUUAGAAAGUGGUAUCCCUUUCCAAGGAAACGAGAUGAUUUAACAAAAAGUGGAUAAGGGAGGCCAGGCACAAAAUAUUCAAGAUGGAGAAGUCUGUGGAAAAGUUGACGAAUAUAUUUUUAGGUUGUAACCAACCAAAAAGGCUCAGUCUGACGUUCCGAACGAUACCUGAAAUAACGUAAUGUUUGUUAAACCCUCAUCAUGGGAAAUACCUCUUGCAGCGGCCUCAGCAAUUCCUUAUGGAGAGAUACGAUUACAACGAUAAUUUUCUAGUGGUACUUUAGAAAAUGGCGAAAGAUAGACUCCAAGAGAUUAGUAUGAGGUUGGAACAAAGCCACUUGGUUUAUCUUCAGACCGACGACUGUCCGUUGAAAUUACAACAACGGCAUAAGCUGGAAGGUUUCGUAAAAGAAUACUUAUGUCUCGUACCCAACAACAGCAAAUACAUAUUUCGUGAAACAGCAAACAUCCUACAUCACUCCGCAGCAACAUUGCACGACUUCAGUGGGUACAGAGCCUGUACGGCAUGGAAUGCAAUUUCUUUAUACGCCGCAAACCUUUUGGCUCAACCUUGGCGAAAAGAAUACAAAACCCUGCGGACGUACAGUGGGUACUACAAACACGAAGUCGAGACAAACCUGAUCGGUGCGGAACUGAUGUUUGAAUUAAUGGGCUACAAGCACACGGAUCUCGGAGUGCUAACCCUGGAAGGAUCCAUCGAUCCGGACAGAGUGUUAAACGUGAGCAGAGAUGCCAUAGUUGCCUUUGUCGAAUGUCAAAUCCUGAAGGAAAUCUGGGAGAACGUGUCACAAAAGUUUCCAGUGUCCUGGUUAGAAGUCUUGGAGUUUCGCGAGACCUAUGCAGGGACUCCGGAAAGGGCAAUCCGGGUAUUAAGGCAUCGACUGGAGAGAACCCACCAGGUCCGCCAUAAAUCCGAAAGGUACCAUCAUCGACGCCUUUCGCUGUCACCUUCCACACCUUUCGAAGAUGGUUUGGUGGAAGAGGAACGUCCUGUGGAUACCGGUCACUCACCCACAAGGGUACGAGGAACCAGGGUACCUACGGGUCGCCUCAUCGAGCUGGACGCACCUGGCCAAGUGGAACCCGAGGCGUUAUUCACAGGAUCCGAAACGUGGGGUCCACGAAGAGCCCCUCGAAGAGCCUCUCGCACUUUGGAACUAGACUGGCCAGCCUCUGCGGGAAGGACCCGAGAUUUCUCCCCGGAGGAGAGGUCGACCCGGCUGGCCAACGGCGAGGCGACCGUCCGAAGGACGAGGUCGUGCUUCGACUCCGUCGACUUGGGUGCCCUUCGCGUCGACUCCCCUACAGGAGAUUCCCGAUCCAGGUGGAACUGCUCCACCUGCACGUACCUGAACGACGCAUCGCGCAGGAUUUGCGAGAUGUGCGGCAAGUCUCGGAAGAAGGGCAACGAGGAGAAACCACUGGCCAGCGGGGGCAAGGAGUGCCCCCAAUGCACCCUCGUCAACGAGAGAGACGCCUCUCUCUGCGACGCCUGCGGGGCGAGCCUGAAGGACUCGCCGACGUACAUUUGAAGAGAAUCCUUAUCGAUGUAGAUUUAAAGAGCAUCCUUGUCGAUGUAGAUUUAAAGAAAAUCCUCAUCGAUGAACAUUUGAGAUCGAGUCUUUCCGGGUUGCCCUCGACCUCGACCUCGUCAGCACGCAUAAACCCGACGCCGAUUGCGUCUUCGCUUUGAGCGAGCCAGGAACGAAACCCGCUAUUCUAGUUAACGACCUCUUCGUUCCUAGCCGCUGUCCGAGCUUAUGUGAUCUUACAACUCUGUAAUCGUAACUAUAACGCCUAGGGCUAAUCUAGAUUAAAGAUGGCACAGGAAGGAUA